CAGAGUCCGGAGCUGAGCAGUCCCGGCCCCGCGCCGUCCGCCAGCCCGCGCCAUGGCCCGCCCGUGGCCGCUGCUGCUGCUGCUGCUGCUGCUGGUGGCGGCUCGCGUCCUGCCCGGCGCCGGGACGUGCCCCGAGCGCGCCCUGGAGCGCCGGGAGGAGGAGGCCAACGUGGUGCUCACCGGCACGGUGGAGGAGAUCCUCAACGUGGACCCGGUGCAGCAUACUUACUCCUGCAAGGUCCGUGUCUGGCGCUACCUGAAGGGCAAGGAUGUGGUGGCGCAGGAGAGCCUGCUAGAUGGCGGCAACAAGGUGGUGAUUGGCGGCUUCGGGGACCCCCUCAUCUGUGACAACCAGGUGUCCACAGGUGACACCAGAAUCUUCUUUGUGAACCCUGCGCCCCCAGACCUGUGGCCGGCCCACAAAAAUGAGCUCAUGCUAAAUUCCAGUCUCAUGCGGAUCACGCUGCGCAACUUGGAGGAGGUGGAGCACUGUGUGGAAGACAAACCUGGGACACACUUCACGCCAGCACCCCCGACGCCCCCGGAUGCCUGCAGAGGGAUGCUGUGUGGCUUCGGUGCUGUGUGCGAGUCCAGUGCAGACAGUCCGGGCCGGGCCUCCUGUGUGUGCAAGAAAAGCGCCUGCCCCAGCGUGGUGGCUCCCGUGUGCGGAUCAGACGCCUCCACCUACAGCAAUGAGUGCGAGCUUCAGCGCGCACAGUGCAGUCAGCAACGCCGCAUCCGCCUGCUCAGCCGCGGACCCUGUGGCUCCCGGGACCCCUGCUCCAACGUGACCUGCAGCUUUGGCAGCACGUGUGCGCGGUCAGCUGACGGACAGACGGCCACAUGCCUGUGCCCAGCCACCUGCCGGGGGGUGCUGGAGGCCACUGUGUGUGGCAGUGACGGUGCCAAUUACCCCAGCGAGUGCCAGUUGCUGCGUCGCGCCUGCGCCCAUCAGGAGAACAUCUUUAAGAAGUUCGACGGUCCUUGUGACCCCUGCCAGGGUGCUCGCCAGGACCCGAGCCGCCUCUGCCGCGUCCACCCGCGCUCCCACCGCGCUGAGAUGCUCCUGUUGCCCGAGAGCUGCAUGGCGCCUCGGGAGCCUGUGUGUGGGGACGAUGGGGUGACAUAUGACAGUGACUGUGUCAUGGUCCGCACGGGGGCUGCCCGCGGCCUCCACCUGCAGAAAGUGCGCUCUGGCAAAUGCCAGCCGAGAGACCAGUGCCUGGAGCCCUGCCGGUUCAACGCUGUGUGCCUGUCCCGCCGAGGCCGGGCCCACUGCUCUUGUGACCGAGUCACCUGUGAUGGGGCCUACCGGCCUGUGUGCGCCCAGGAUGGCCACACUUAUGACAAUGAGUGCUGGCGUCAGCAGGCUGAGUGCCAUCAGCAGCGUGCCAUCCCUGCCAAACACCAGGGCCCGUGUGAGCAACCCCCAUCCCCCUGCCGAGGGAUCCAGUGCCCCUUUGGGGCCAUGUGCACUGUAAAGAACGAGGAGGCCGUGUGCACGUGUCCACAAGCCUGUACUGGUGUCUAUGACCCUGUGUGUGGCAGCGACGGUAUCACCUAUGGAAGCACCUGCGAGUUGGAGGCCACAGCCUGCACCCUGGGGCGGCAGAUCCAUGUGGCACGCAGAGGGCCCUGUGACCGCUGCGGGCAGUGCCGCUUCGGGGCGCUUUGUGAGACAGAGACGGGGCGCUGCGUGUGCCCCUCAGAGUGCGUGGCCCUGGCCCAGCCUGUGUGCGGCUCCGAUGGGCACACAUAUGCCAGUGAGUGUGAGCUACAUGUCCAUGCCUGCACGCACCAGAUCAGCCUCCACGUGGCCUCAACUGGGCAAUGCCAGAGCUGCGGGGACACAGUGUGCGCCUUUGGCGCAGUGUGCCUGGCAGGUCAGUGUGUGUGCCCUCGGUGUGAGCGGCCUCCGCCUGGCCCUGUAUGUGGCAACGAUGGUGUCACCUACCCCAGCUCUUGUGAGUUGCGGGAGGCCUCGUGCCAGCAGCAGGUGCAUAUCGAAGAGGUCCGGGCAGGGCCCUGCGAGCAGGCUGAGUGUGGCUCCGGAGGCUCUGGCUCUGGGGAGGACAGCGAGUGUGAGCCAGAGCUGUGCCGCCAGCGUGGGGGCAUCUGGGAUGAGGAUUCCGAUGAUGGGCCAUGUGUCUGUGACUUCAGCUGUCAAAGCAUUCCCAGAAGUCCUGUCUGUGGCUCUGACAGGGUCACCUAUGGCACCGAGUGUGAGCUGAAGAAGGCCCGCUGUGAGUCCCGGCUGGAGCUGUAUGUGGCUGCACAGGGCACCUGCAAGAGCCCCACCUUGGCACCCCUGCUGCCUGCUGCUCCCUUGCACUGCACCCAGAUGCCCUACGGCUGCUGCCAGGACAAUGCUACUGCCGCCCAGGGUGUGGGGCUGGCUGGCUGCCCCAGCUCCUGCCAGUGCAACCCACACGGCUCCUAUGGUGGUACCUGUGACCCAGCCACAGGCCAGUGCUCUUGCCGCCCUGGCGUGGGGGGCCUCAAGUGCGACCGCUGCGAGCCUGGCUUCUGGAACUUCCGUGGCAUCGUCACCGAGAGCCGGAGUGGCUGCACCCCCUGCAGCUGUGACCCCCAGGGGGCAGUGCGAGAUGACUGUGAGCAGAUGACCGGGCUGUGCUCCUGUAAGCCAGGGGUGGCAGGUCCCAAAUGUGGACAGUGUCCUGACGGCCGGGCCCUGGGCCCUGCUGGCUGCGAAACGGACUCCUCAGCACCCAAGACCUGUGGUGAGAUGCACUGUGAAUUCGGGGCAUCCUGUGUGGAAGAGGUGGGCGCUGCCCACUGUGUGUGCCCCACACCUACCUGUCUCGGACCCAGUGCUGCCAAGGUCUGUGGGUCCGAUGGAGUCACCUAUGGCAAUGAGUGUCAGCUACGGACCAUUGCCUGUCGUCAGGGUCUAAACAUCACCAUCCAGAGCCUCGGCCCGUGCCAGGAGGCUGUGACUCCAGGUGCCCACCCGACCCCUACAUCUGUGGUCACCUUGGGCCUUCCCCCUAGUCAGGCCCUGCAGCCGCCUCCCAGCACCCUGCCCCUGGUUCCCAGCACUACACCCCACAGCUGGUCCACCCCCAAAACACCCCCUCGAGUCUGGACAACGGCCAGUGUACCCAGGAGUAGCGCCAGGCCAGUGCUGACCAUGCCCCCUACAGCCCGCCCCCCGGUCUUCGUCCCGGCCACAUCCGCCUUUGGCGAGUCUGGCAGCGCAGACGGCAGUGGUGACGAAGAGCUCAGUGGGGACCAGGAGGCCAGCGGGGCUGGCUCUGGAGGCCUCGAGCCCCUGGAGGAUGGCAGCCCUGUGACGCCAGGGGCGCCCAUGGAGAGGGCGUCCUGCUACAACUCGGCGAUGGGCUGCUGCUCUGAUGGCAAGACACCCUCAGUGGAUGCGGAGGGCUCCAACUGUCCUGCCACCAAGGCCUUCCAAGGUGUGCUGGAGCUUGAGGGUGUGGAGGGGCAGGACCUGUUCUACACACCAGAGAUGGCAGACCCCAAGUCGGAGCUGUUUGGGGAGACAGCCAGGAGCAUUGAGAGCUCACUGGAUGACCUCUUCCGGAAUUCAGAUGUGAAGAAGGACUUCUGGAGCAUUCGUCUCCGGGACUUGGGUCCCGGUCACUUGGUCCGAGCCAUUGUGGACGUGCACUUCGACCCCACCACGACCUACAGGGCAGUUGAUGUGGGCCGGGCCCUACUCCGCCAGCUGCAGACAUCCCGGCACCACUCCUUGGGGGUAAGGCGGCCGCUGCAGGAUCAUGUGCGCUUCAUGGAUUUUGACUGGAUCCCUACCUCCUUCACGGGAGCCACCCCUGCUGCAGUGACUGCCAGAGCCACUACUGCAUUCUACCUGCCUCCUGUCACUGGGACCCCUCGGGCUCCCCACCCUAGCCGUACCAGCCGACCAGUCAGCAGGACCACCGCCCUCCCCACCACUCACAGGCCCCCUACCACUGCCCCUGGACAUCGGCCCCUACCCCCAGUGCCCUCGAAGCCUCAAGGGCCCUGUGGCUCCCACCCCUGCCUGCACGGGGGCACCUGCCAUGACCAAGAUAUGGGCGGACACUUCAUCUGCAGCUGCCCAGCAGGCAGGGGGGGCACCAUCUGCGAGGAGGAGCUACAACCUGCGGUUCCUGCCUUCCGGGGACAUUCAUUCCUGGCUUUCCCCACACUACGUGCCUACCACACACUGCGCCUGGCACUGGAGUUCCGAGCGCUGGAGCCGCAGGGGCUGCUCCUCUACAAUGGCAACGAACGCGGCAAGGACUUCCUGGCGCUGGCACUGCUGGGUGGCCGAGUGCAGCUCAGGUUCGACACAGGCUCGGGCCCUGCAGUGCUGACCAGCUCUGUGGCAGUGGAGCCAGGCCGCUGGCACCGCCUGGAGCUGUCUCGCUACUGGCGCCGAGGCACCUUGUCAGUGGACAACGAGCCCCCUGUGCUGGGCCAGAGUCCCAGCGGCACCGAUGGCCUCAACCUGGACACGGACCUCUUUGUGGGCGGUUUCCCUGAGGAGCAGGCUUCCGUGGUGCUAGAACGGACCUCAGUUGGCGUUGGGCUGCGGGGCUGUGUUCGCCUGCUGGACAUCAACAACCAGCGUCUGGAACUGGGUCGCUGGCAGGAGCUGGCCAUCCACAGCUCCAAUGUGGGCGAGUGUGGGGACCACCCAUGCCAGCCUAACCCCUGCCUUGGGAGUGCCCCGUGCCAGGUCCUGGGGGAGGGCACAUUCCACUGCCAGUGCCCACCUGGCCACUUUGGCCCAACUUGUGCAGAUGAGAACCCAUGCGAGCCCAACCCUUGCCAUGGGGGAGCCCCCUGCCACCUGCUGCCAGGGGGCACAGCCCAGUGCGAAUGCCCUCCAGGCCAUGGAGGCACCCUCUGCCAGACAGUCUCGAAGCAAGAGGACUCCCAGCCCUUCCUGGCUGACUUCAAUGGCUUCUCCUACCUGGAGCUGAAAGGCCUGCACACCUUCGACCAGGACCUGGGGGAGAAGAUGGCACUGGAGCUGAUAUUCCUGGCCCGAGGCCCCAGUGGCCUACUUCUCUACAAUGGCCAGAAAACGGAUGGCAGGGGUGACUUCGUGUCAUUGGCCCUGCGUGAUAGCCACCUGGAGUUCCGCUAUGACCUGGGCAAGGGAGCAGCCCUCAUCCGGAGCGCUGAGCCCGUGCCCCUGGGUGUGUGGACCCGAGUGACACUGGAGAGAAAUGGCCGCAAGGGCGCCAUGCGCGUGGGUGAUGGGCCCCGAGUGCUUGGGGAGUCCCCGAAGUCCCGCAAGGUGCCGCACACUGUCCUCAACCUGAAGGAGUCCCUCUUUGUGGGAGGGUCCCCUGACUUCAGCAAGUUGGCCCGAGCAGCCGCCGUUUCCUCUGGCUUUGAUGGAGUCGUGCAGCUAGUUGCCCUGAAGGGCCACCAGCUGCUGACGCAGGAGCAGGUGGUGCGUGCUGUGGAUGUCUCAUCCUUCACUGACCACCCCUGCACCCAGCCUUCAGGGCACCCCUGCCUCAACAAGGCCUCCUGCCUCCCUGACGGGGCCUCCUACCAAUGCCUGUGCCCUGUGGGCUUCUCGGGGCUGCACUGUGAGAAGGGACUGAUGGAGAAGUCAGCGGGAGAGCUGGAUGCCCUGGCCUUCGACGGGCACACGCACAUCGAGUACCUCAAUGCUGUGACUGAGAGCGAACUGACCAAUGAGAUCCCAGCCCCCGAAGCUCCGGAUUCUGGGGCCCCGAACAGUGGGAAGGCGCUGCAGAGCAACCACUUCGAACUGAGCCUGCGCACAGAAGCCACACAGGGGCUGGUGCUGUGGAGUGGCAAGGUGGCCACAAGGUCUGACUAUGUGGCUCUGGCUAUCGUGGACGGACACCUGCAGCUGACCUACGACCUAGGCUCCCAGCCCGUGGUGCUGCGUUCCACCGUGCCCGUCAACACCAACCGCUGGAUGCGAGUGCGGGCACACAGGGAGCAGAGGGAAGGCUCUCUGCAAGUGGGCAAUGAGGCCCCUGUGACUGGCUCCUCCCCACUGGGCGCCACACAGCUGGACACGGACGGAGCAUUAUGGCUGGGUGGCCUGGAGCAGCUCCCGGUAGGCCAGGCCCUGCCCAAGGCCUAUGGCACAGGCUUCGUGGGCUGCCUGCGGGAUGUGGUGGUGAGUGGGCGGCCGCUGCACCUGCUGGAGGAUGCAGUCAGCAAGCCCCAGCUGCGGCCCUGCCCCAGCGCCUGAUCCCCACCCGUGUCACCUAUUUUUAUAAACCCAGUUGCUUUUUUAAAUAUGAUUUUCUUGCUUGCGUGUCAGCCAGAGGGACUGCUGGCCUGGCCUCCCUCCCAUCUAGAAACACAAACUCGGUGCCCAGGGCCUGAGGGGUGACACCUGGGGAUGCCCCUCCAUGUGCCCUUUGUGCUAUGUCUCCCACGCCCCUGUGUGCCCCUUUGUUUCCCUCCAUACAGCACCUCUUCCUGCUGGUGACCCUUGUGUCCUGGGAGCAGGUGUCAUGCCCUUCCUUGAGGUUAGGAGGAGCUCUUUCUCCAGGCAGGCCUCCUAGGUUCCCGCUGAUUCCCACCCUCCCCCACCUCAGCUGCUGUGCCCCUCAUCACUGCUGACCUCAAGCUCAGUGACUCCCCCUCUCCCCCCAGGGUCCAGUACUGUGACUUAGAACAAUAUUACUGCUGGGGUCACAUGGGGUCCCCCUCACCUGCUGUGCCCUACAGUCCCAGGGGCUUGAGGCUACCCAGACCCUCAGCUGGCCUUGCCGGACACUCUGAACAUAGCCAAAUCCUCCCCUGAUGCCCCAGGAUCCAGAAGGAACCCCACGAGGGAGCAGGAACAGCCCCAUUGUGGGGCGAGGCUGGAGCCCCAGUUCUGUGUGACGCCCUGCAAGGCCACAUACACAGCUACUGGUUGGGCCUUGCUCCAGUCUGGAAUGGCCUGGUGUGGCAGGGGGCCAGUGCUGUCUGGCCAAGGCCAGGGUAAGGGCCAGGGCGGGAGCAGCUUCGUCUUCAAGGCCGGAAAUGCCUUAAACUGUAACACCACGGCCCAUCCUGUCCAGCGCCUGCCCCCCUGUGUCCAGGCCGGCAUCCACCCUGCCAAGGGGCCUGAAGGGAAUGGGUGUCAUGUUACUAACUCCAGCCCUUGUCUGUCAGUCAUCGUGAAAUAAAGUCUGAACACUUUGA